CACAUGAAUGCAUGCACACACAUUUUCCCUGCAGUCUUGAUGCCUCCUUUUCUACUCUCAUGACUGCAGCAGCUUGACAGGACUUCACAGCUGAUAAGAGAACACACAGACUGCCGGCACUGAACUGAUGUCCUAGUGGGGAGAAAGCAGCCUCGCUCAUCAUUCCUGCAGUGUGCUUUCUGGCAGCAGCUCCUGUCAGGGACGCAGAAAAAAGAUUGCACAGAUCCAAGGAAGCUGCAGAGCACCCACGCCCACCAAGGAUACACAGGACUACCCUUACUCCCCCUCCUCCCUCUCUCUCUCACCCAUAUGCUUUCUCUCGCUCACACUGUCCCUCUCAACUCUGCGUUCAGCUGUAUCACUACUGCUGGGGGUGUAGACAGGCUGACCAUCGCCUCUCAACAAGCCACUCGCCACUGAGGAGAAACUUCAAGAAGCUCCCUUUUUCUCCUGUCCAAGGAUGUUGGAGCUCGCACCAAGAUGGACGAGGUUGGUCUGCCUGACAGUUUUAUGUCUGUGUCUCUGCCUGCCGAGGGAAUCAAACGCCAGGAGAGCUCCCAAGAUACCCCGCUGUCCUGCAACCUGCUCCUGCACCAAAGACAGUGCCUUCUGCGUGGACACUAAGGCCAUCCCCAAGAGCUUCCCCCCUGGAAUCAUUUCUCUGACGAUGGUGAACGCAGCCUUCACUACAAUCCCAGAAGGAGCUUUCUCACACCUUCACCUGCUGCAGUUCCUGCUGUUGAACUCCAACACAUUCACUAUGAUUGCUGAUGAUGCUUUUGCUGGUCUCUCUCACCUGCAAUAUCUGUUCAUUGAGAAUAACGACAUCCAGGCUCUGUCAAAGUACACCUUCAGAGGACUCAAAUCCCUGACUCAUCUGUCUCUGUCAAACAACAACCUGCAGCAGCUGCCUAGAGAUCUCUUCAAACAUCUAGACAUCCUGACUGAUCUAGACCUGCGUGGAAACUCUUUUCGCUGUGACUGUAAAAUCAAGUGGCUGGUAGACUGGAUGGAGAAAACCAACACUUCUGUUCCUGCCAUCUACUGUGCCAGCCCCUUUGAAUUCCAGGGACGCAGGAUCCACGACCUCGCACCACGAGACUUCAACUGCAUCAGCGCAGAUUUUGCCGUGUACGAAACCUUCCCUUUCCACUCUGUGUCAGUGGAGUCUUAUGAGUUCAAUGGAGAUCAGUUUGUGGCCUUCGCUCAGCCUGAUUCAGGCUUCUGCACUCUGUACAUAUGGGAUCAUGUGGAGAUGGUCUUCAGGAGGUACCACAACAUAACCUCUCGCUCUGCUGUUUACUGCAAACCAGUGGUGAUAAACAACACGCUUUACAUGGUCGUGGCCCAACUUUUUGGUGGAUCUCAUAUAUACAAGUGGGAGGAGGACCCACAGCGCUUUGUAAAGAUUCAAGACAUCGACACCAGUCGGGUGAGGAAGCCCAACUUUGUGGAGACCUUCCAGCUGGAUGGAGAGUGGUACUUCAUAGUAGCAGACAGUUCCAAGGCAGGCUCUACCAGCAUUUAUCGCUGGAACAGUAAUGGUUUCUACUCCCACCAGUCCCUCCAUCCUUGGCAUCGAGACACACAUGUUGAGUUCCUGGAUGUCGGAGGAAAGCCUCACCUCAUCCUCUCCAGCGCCUCUCAGCCGCCGGUGGUUUACCAGUGGAACCGAAACCAGAAGCAGUUUGCUUUCUUCUCCCAGAUCACAGAGCUAGCCGACGUGCAGAUGGUCAAGCACUUCUGGGUGAGGAAGGUUCUUUACCUUUGCCUCACGCGCUUCAUCGGUGACUCCAAGAUCCUCCGCUGGGAGGGGCAGCGUUUUGUAGAGAUCCAGACUCUCCCCUCUCGGGGCUCAAUGGCCGUGUAUCCCUUCACGGUGGGCCUCCGCCAGUACCUCAUUCUUGGAAGUGAUUUCUCCUUCUCCAGAGUCUACCUGUGGGACGACCUCACUCAGCGCUUUCAGCCCUUCCAGGAGCUCAACAUGAGAGCCCCAAGGGCCUUCAGUUUGGUAUCUGUCGACAACAAGGACAUGCUGCUGGCCGCCAGCUUCAAAGGCAACACCCUGGCCUACCAGCACCUGGUGGUGGAUCUCAGUGCCAAGUAGACCUGUUAGGUACCGUGACAGCAACAGGAUCUGAAUAUAUCAAAUGUGCCAAAUAAGUCAAAGACUGCAAAAUGUUUAAGCCAUGUAACUAAGUCUGCUGGGUUCUCUGAUGUUUAAGCGAGGCAACUAAUUAAAUGAUUGUUUAAUCUAUUUUUAUGCACUAUCCCUUAAUAUCUGAAUGAAAUAAUGUGUUAUUAACAUGCCAACACAAGUGUCAAGUCACUGCUGCAUCACUACUCUUGCACAGCCAAAUUAUGGCUGGGGCGAUGUCGUUUUUGGAUUGUCAUGUUGUAUAUUGUACUUUACUAAUGUGAAAAUGAUAUGCAUGUGCCUCUACUGAAUUAUUCACCAGAUGAGACUGGAUAUUGUAUAAAUGAGAGUAAAACUAUGGAGGUUUUGUAAGUUAUACCAUGUUGUUAGUCUGAGUAGCUUUUUGCAUGACACUGUAUAACAAUAUAAAACAAGCUUACACUGCAGUACUUUAAAUCCUGAUUAGCUUUAUAUAUAUAUGAGAUAUCCUUGCAGCAGUUUUGGGUUUAAUGUUUGGUUUGCAAUCAGAGCUAGAAUGAGGCAUGAAUAAACUAAACAAAUUAACUGAAAAAUGUGA